CUGGUGGUUUACUGUGGAAAUAUUUAUUUAUUUACACAGCAAGGACGUUGAUAACCGAGCGCCAUCGCGACGCCGCCGCCGUAGUUCCGUAUCGAUCGCAACUUGUAACCUACCUACACCGAGUUCAACCAAAGUCGGUGGCGGGUGUGGAAAAUUUCGUCUCUCGUCGUGUUCGACAUAAUGUCAACGCGCUAUCGCGUUCGUCCUGCUGAAUCUAACUGGAAUUUAAGUCCAGGAUCACAUCCAGUUCUUACCUCUCGCAAUCAUGCCAUUCGAAACUGUUGAAGUUGAAGUAAAGCCGAAUCUACUAGCGCUCAUUGUAGUGCGCUGCAGCGUCGUUUCUUGACACCGCGCGAACACAAUGGGUCACUAGCAGACGUACAAGACUUGGACGCCGCCGUCAGGAUGGGCAGCGCCUCCUCCAAGUUCAAGAAGUAUUUGCAGAAUGGCGACGAGUUUGCCGCGAUGCAGAUAUAUCAGAAUUCGCCGGAGUUGAGGAAGAAUCUCGAUCCGAAUCUCAGCUACGGUGAUCAUCAUCAUCACAAUACGGCGCUUCAUUAUGCUGCCAAACAUGGAAUGAAACAUCUACUACGAACAUUUCUCAAUGAUCUCGGCGGAAAUCCGAAUAAACGUAACGCCGCGAACGAGACGGUCCUCCAUUGUGCCUGCAACCUCAAUCAAACGAAGAGCUUCAGCGCGCAGGAACGUCGCGCCGCCUGCGUGCAAAUCGUUCUCUUCUGGAAAGGCGCCCCCAUUUCCGGUAACAAUGGCAGUAAUGGCAACAAUCGAGAGAAAGCUGAUCUUGCUGCAACUGAUCUCGACGGCAAUACGCCUUUGCAUUGUGCUGCUACGGCUGGUCUUAAACGUUGCGUGGAAUUGUUGCUCACUCACAGCGCUCCGUUAUUCAACGAAAACAAUGACAAGCUAACACCAUGUGACUUGGCUAUGAAGGGUGCGCAUCACGACAUUGCGAGACUAUUAGAAAGUCGAAUGGUGUUUACCGAGAGUACUGGUGGAGGCGCCGGGGAAGAUUCUAUUAAUGAGGAUGAAAAUUUAAACGAGCAAGAAAUCUACAGUGGUCUUCGAAGCCAAGAUUUACAGGAAGCCAAGGAUCAAUUGCUCGUGGACACGUCCGAUAUGCUCAAGAUACCGCUUUUCACUGCCGAAGCCCUUUUGAGGGAUAAUGAAUGGUCAAGAGAAAUUUUAUUAGAAAAAUGGAUGAAAGAUCCCGUGCAAUGUUGUCAGGAAGCCGGGGUCAAACCUCCUCCGUCGAUUUCAAUAGGUUGUGGCGACAUGUCGCCGGAAAGUGUUCCUUCCGAUGAUAAAACAGAUGUUCAACCGGAAAUAAUGUGCGAAAUAUGUUGUCUGAGCAUAAGUAACUGGGACCAAUCACUGCAAAUGUCAUGCCGGCAUGCGUUCUGUGCACACUGCUGGGAGACAUAUCUUACGAACAAAAUUCAAGAUGGCGACGCGCAUCACAUUCUUUGCCCGGCAUAUCAGUGCCAUAUUUUGGUGCCAGUCGAACUGAUCGAGAAAUUCGUGCGACCUGCGAUUGCCAAACGUUAUUUACAAUUCGAUAUCAAAGCGUUUGUUGAGAGUAACAAAACAAUAAAAUGGUGCCCAAUGGCCGGUUGUGGAAGAGCAGUACGGUUACCGGAAGCAGAACAUGUUAAUGCUACACGUGGACGGUGUUUAAGCGGGAAACAACGUCAAGAAACAUCUCAUGCGGUUGAUUGUGGCAAUGCACACUUUUUCUGCUGGGAGUGCCUUGGUGAUGCGCACGCACCAUGUGGUUGCAAUCAGUGGCAGGAGUGGCAGAUGAAAAUCGCUGAGGUUAAACCAGAGGAAUUACAAGCGUCUUGCAGUGGAAGUGAAGAAGCCGCUAAUUUGUUGUGGUUGGUUACCAAUUCAAAACCGUGUCCGAAUUGUAAAAGUCCCAUUCAAAAGAACGAAGGUUGUAAUCACAUGAAGUGUUCUAAGUGUAAAUUUGACUUCUGUUGGGUAUGCCAAGAAUCCUGGAAACAACAUAGUUCAGCCACCGGAGGUUAUUUCCGCUGUAAUCGUUUUGAGGCAACUCAGAAAGCAGAUGAAAAGCAAGGUUGUCUUAUAACUGAAGCAAUGGAUCGCAACAAUCAAAUGCAGGAAGUUUCGCGUUUCUUACAUUUUUAUAUGCGCUACAAAAAUCACGAAAACAGCCAGAAACUCGAAGAACCUUUGCUGGCAGGCGUGCGCCAAAAGAUGGAGAUAUUAGCCUCAACUUUGGGUCUUAAACAGAGCACCAAAUUCAUUGAAGAAGGCAUUCGGGAACUUCUCAAAGCUCGCCGCGUUCUAUGCGGAUCAUAUGUUUAUGGUUAUUACUUAGAAGAUGAUGGUUAUAACAAAACCAUUUUUGAAUUUAUGCAGAACGAGUUGGAAGAAAUCACCGAGAAACUGAGUGAAAUGAUCGCGCGUCCAUAUUUGAAGACGCCGAAGGCUGUGAUUAUACAAACGACUGCGUUGGCGCGUCGGAAGCGCCACGAGUUCAUUCGUGCCGUUGCACAGGGUUUAAUUCCCCCGGAAACGCCACCCAAUGAAAGAAAAAACAAAAAACGCAAAUAUUUAGAUAUUGACUUAAGUCACACGAGUGCCUGGCUACGUGAACGUCAAUGGCCAGAAUAUGAUUCGGAUACCGAAGAGGGUGACGUUGGAAUCAACAAUAGCCAAUCAUCUAAUGAUGAUUACAACGUAGAAUUGGUAAUAGCACUCGAAAUGUCCCGUCUACAAAUGAUCGAAGACCGUAUGAAGCAACAACAAAAUAAACAAAAUCGUGAAGAACUUACCAUCUCGCCAAAACCUUUCAACAAAGAACAAACUACUGACGAUCAACUCAAACUCGCGAUUCAACUAUCUUUACAGGAAACGAAUGACGCAAACGGCAACGCUAACGACAAUGCCAACACAACUUAUCAAAAAACAAAUGCGGACUUGACUGUCGAUUGUUUUCUGAAAUCACUAGCAAAUCAUAAAUUUGACCUGCGUAGUAUUGGCAGCGAUCACUGGGGUCGCAAAGAACGUGAUACUUUACUCUUCAAACCAUGCAUUGGAAAAGAAGAUGGCCGCUUUCGAAUAUCGGAUAUUCAUGAACAUGGAUUCGGUUUACUAGACACAGAUGAUUACUACGAGGAGCAAGUGGAUGAUGUAAGCACUUUACGUAGAUCACGAUCUACAGGAGAUUUAUUUGUGCGUAGAUCAAGUCGUACCAGGAUCAGAAUUAAUAACGAACCACGUUAUCAUUUAGAUUCUGACCAUAGCAGUCAACAUGAUGAUAAACCGGAAGAUGUUGGUCGUCGGUUAGGAAAACCAAAUGUGGGCAAGAGUAAACAACAAAUACUCAUGUCCAACAUGCAUCAUCAUACUGUGUUCUCAGAAGAAGAAUAUUAUCAAGGACAAAGUUCAGUUGAAGAUACAACUACUUCUGAUUCUAUCAAUGUCGACAUGGAGGUGUGUAACAUUCUAGAGUCAGUUGAUGAAGUCAAUCAGGACUCCAUGGAGAGUGGUGAUCAGAAAGAUGUUAAGACAUAUUCUGAUGAAGAGUAUAAUCUUUAUGUGAAUCUGAUCAAAAGUAAGGGCAAAAGUAAGACUGACGACGUAUCCAGGGCGACGACCAGUAAACUUGCCAAUGCCUUGAAGACUAAACUGUGUACCGCACAUAAUCUUCAAAAGACCAGCUAUCUGACUCGUAUUGCAGUGACCAAAAAUAUUGGAUUGCUGCAAAAUAAAAACGAUGCCAAUCAAAAUGACAUUGGGACGUUAACAGCUCAAAAUGAAUCAAACAAAAAUCUAAGAAUUAAUAUUAGCGAGAAGGAUCGCAAAAAGGCCGGAAGUGGUACCAGUACAUUGGAAACAGAUAGUUCCAAUGAAUAUGAAUCAGAAACUGGUAUACCCAAGUCACCCACAUUGUAUAUUUCUGGCGUUUCAAUAUCACGAACUCCAGAACCAAAAUCCCCUGGAAUUUCGAUUGUUGCUGGUAGGCAGUCGCGGUCGUCAAGCUUAAGUGUCCCUAGUAAACCCUUAACUGCUGCAUUGAGUGUGUCCAGCACAAGUUUGAUUGAUACACCUUCAUGUGUAACGAUGGAUCAAGGUGCUCCUCUCUCCAGUCCAGCCAAAACUAAAGAACCAUCCACUCCUAGCUCCAACGGUACGGCUGCCAGCACCGGAAGUAAAUCAAAAAGUGCUAGUGAACCAGAACGCGAACGUGAAAUGUUUUGCUUUCCAAAAUCAUCGACUGAUGGUGCCCUCAGCUCGGUACUUCAUGUUCAGGAAUCUAAUCUGAGUUCCGAUGAUUUUCAUGAAGCGUUGUUUCUGUUAGAACGUUCGCCAAAAACAAGAGAUUCGUCUAAAAGACGCAAAAAAUCGAAAAAGAAAGAAAAGGAUAUCAAAGACAAAACUGAGCCAGUGGAAACAAACGAUGAAGAAGCCAGUUCUGCAUUGUAAGCACACAAAUUGCGUCUCGUUUAAACACGCAAAACGACAAGACUGUUUUUAUAUACUCGUACUACUCGUACCCUCAUCAUAGCCAAGAUAACAGCAGCAACAGGAGAAGCCAAAACCAAAAACAUGGUGGUUAAUUUACCAUACGAUUAUAUGGAAUAUUUACAGCGAGCGUAGGAAGUUCUUACAUUGACUAUAAGCUCUGAUAUACUCGAAACUCAAUACUCACUACUUUCUACUUAAUCCCAUCAUUGAUUUACAUUUUAUAGCCACAAAUCAAUAACCAUUUAUCUUAUAUAAUCAAUUUGCAUCACAUCACAGCCCCGUGUAACGGCAAACUAUAACUUACCCAACUUAUAUAUUUCAUAUUACUUUUAAUCUUCUAUGAUCUCAAUGUUGACAAAAUGGUGACUGGGCUUUCACAUUUUACUUUCAGCCUUGAUCCACUUAAUACUUUAGCACACCAGCAACACAUCACUUAUAAUUCGUCACUAAUUUUCUCUAAAAGUUAUCAAAAACCAUGUUAAACUCGUUAGCACAAUGUACGAAAGUAUUGAAUUAAACAUUUGUAAACAUGAUGGACGCGUAACGCGCCAAUAACGACUUAAGCAGACUUAAGUAGACAAUGAUGCAAACUGUAGUUGUCGUGUGAAAUUCACGUUUUUUAACAAACAUUGCGGUGUAUGAUGUAUUAUAUCUAUUUUAUACUUUGAUAUUUAUAUUGUAUAUGUAUUAUUAUGAAUAUUGUAUAUGAUUAUUAUUGAUAUUUUAUUGCCAAAGACGAGAAAACGUAUUAUAAAAUGGAAUAAAUAUUAUAAGACGAA